AUGGACUCUGAACUCAUCACCUUGACAGCUGAUCCAAGAUUCGCCUUCUAUGCCCAUGUGCCCAAAUCUCAUACGCCCAACGGCCCUCAUCUUCCUCUCGUCGUGAUUAUUCAUGGAAUAAAUCGAGACGCGAAAGGUUAUCUCGAAUCCAUGCGAAAUUUUUGCGAACAGCACAGUUGUCUUCUCAUCUGUCCUCUAUUCCCCGAGGGUGUUCCGAAUCCUAAACAGCAUAAUAGUUACAAGGAAUUGUCCUCUCGUGGGACUCGGUUCGACACCAUCCUGUUAUCGAUGAUAGAUCAAGCUGGCAGAACAUGGCGCAUACAGACAGAUCGUUUUUACUUGCAUGGAUUUAGCGCUGGAGGACAAUUUGUUCAUCGAUUCGCGUAUCUCUACCCCAACCGCCUUGCAGCAGUAUCUAUAGGUGCGCCUGGUCGGCUUACAGCUCCAGACACGCAGAGUCCUUGGCCUGAAGGUGUGGGAAACGUCCGCGAGAUAUUCGGACUCCCCGGUAUCCCAAACUUUGCAGCAAUGGCACGAUUGCCUGUGCAGUUUGUUGUCGGCGAGAAGGACGUUGGGACUGGCAUGAUAGAAAGUAUGAAGAAUCCCACUAAAUUUGAGAUUGAGGCUGGUAAUACAAGAGUGGCGCGUAUCAAGCGGUUGAAAGAGGCUUGGGAGAGGAUGGGAGUUGCUUCGGAGAUGAGUGUGGUACCAGGUGUUGGACACGACGGGAUUGAAUGUCUCUCCGCGACUGUUACAGAACAUUUGAAAGGUUAUGAUCUUGGACAACAUCUUGAGUCUUGUAAUAGUCGAAAUAUUGGGCCCAUCUUCAUUGAGCACACAAAGUCCAACUCUUUUUAUCGCGGCUUGGAACUGUGCAUGGCCACGUCCCCGCAUCGUUCCUCUCAUAUAGCAGCAGUCUUUGUUUUUAAUCCUCCUUCAACGUUCUGUACUAGCCGAUCAGUUCAGAAGACAACCAAAUCACAAAGAGAACGCUCAUUCUCCCUUGUUACUCCUCCUGCUCCUCAUACAUCCUCGGUCAAUGGGGCAAUUCUUCUUGCAGGCGUCACGGGUAGUGUGAUUAGUGGCCUCGCACUUUUCGGUGCAGGAUACACUAACUACCAGUUUUCUGCAAUCAAACGCGAUGUAGAUACUUUCCAACUAUCUCCGGUCUACAUUGAGGAAAGGGCUGAUCAAGGUGUGGGCAGCUGA